AUGGCCGUGCGUCUCUGUGUGGGGUUGCUUCUCGUCGCCGCCUUCGCCCCGCGCGCGGUCGUCCAUGUCUCUGGUAAACCUCUACCUCAUGGGGCGUAUAAAUUCCGCAAUGAGAAUGUUCCAUCAGCUGGACCCUGCAUAGCGAUCCGUGUCCCUGUAACACUGCUCCCCAUAUACCCCUCCCCCUUUUUCCCUCCCUUCCAGUCGGAGUCGUCCCCAUAUACUACCCGCUGUCCCGCUGACCAGCUGCUGCAGGCAGGAGCGCGGGAGCGAUAUGGACGCCCCGUGGAUGUUGCUGGCAGGAACGCGGGAGCGUUGGGGACGCCAGCGGCGGGCCCUAAGUGCCGCAACGCCUUCCCCGCGCGCGCACUAUGCAAGUUCGUCGACGACCUGGCGACCACCAUGCGAGUCGCCGUCGACACGAGCGACGGGAAGCUCGUUCGCAUCGGCGUUUUCCAGAUUUACCAGAAGUUCCAUCGGGACCUGCCGCCCACAAAGCAGUACGCGUACGGGCUCAACCAGCGCACCGCCGCGUUCCCCGGCCCCACCAUCCUGGCGCACAAGGGCAAAGACACCCAGGUCAACACGUGCUCCGCCGCAUUCCCCGGCCCCAUCAUCCUGGCGCACAAGGGCAAAGACACCCAGAUCUUUUGGUCGAACCGCAUCACGGACAGGAAGCACAUGAUUCAGCUGGACGACACACUCAUGAUCCCCAUGCCCAAGCACGGCGGCGUGCCCAUCGUCCCCCAUCGGCAAGGGGUCCCACAUAGGCAUGGGGGUGAGACGCACAGCAUAUACGAUGGGCACCCACAGUUUGGCGAGAAAGGACCUAAGUUCUCCACACAACUGCAUGGGGGUGAGACGCACAGCAUAUACGAUGGACACCCACAAGCCUGGUUCACCCAAUUCGGGGAGAAAGGACCUAAGUUCUCCACACGGCUGUACCACUACCACAACAACCAGCGACCCUCUAUUGUCUGGUACCAUGACCACGCCAUUGCUAUAACGAGGAUAAACGUCAUGGCGGGGAUGGCGGGCUUGUACGUUAUAGUGGAUCCGAAAGGGGAGGAGAGGGAGAUCAACAAGUGGGCGCCGCUGCCGGGCGGGCCGUUCUUCAUGCCAUUGGCAAUUGCGGAUCGGAUGUUCUUUCCAAACGGGUCGGUGAACUAUCCGACGGACGGGGUUGUUCCGAAGGAGCACCCACACUGGCAGCCGGAGUUCUUUGGAGAUACAAUUACGGUCAAUGGGAAGGUCUGGCCGUUCUUCCGGGUGCGGAGGGCACUGUAUCGGCUGCCGAUCCUGGGGGCAUCAAACGCACGCUUCUACCACCUGCGCUUUCAGUGCGCCGUGAGGGGUGAUUACCACGACUUUAAGCCUCCGUUCAGGGGACCCAUUAUCCCCAUGACUCAGAUUGGCAGUGACGGCGGGUACCUCGCUCGUCCCUUGCGCAUGCGCAGCGUGCUGGUGGCACCGGGGGAGCGACUAGACGUGCUAGUGGAUUUCAACGAGGCCCCCUCCUGGUGCCGUGACGUGCUGCUCACGAAUGAUGCCCGUGCGCCCUACCCUGCUGGUGAGCGCUCUCAAACACCAGCAGCAGCAGUCCACUCUAGGCUUACUUGA